AUGAACCCCGAUGAUGAUCCCGACGAAAAACAUACGGUCGUCGGACAUGGGAUUGGCCACAACCAUGAGAGGUUUGUCAUCCUCAGGAUGGCCCACAAUCCGGGGCGGUUUUGUAAGUUGGGGGUUAUUGGGAAAAUAAAAGUAAUCUUGACUGUAAUUUUUCGAUUGUUUCAGCUUUGAUUGGUCUCAUCUACUGGGAAGGCCAGGUAUUCUUCGGCAAGGUGUCCCAAAAGAAGCGAAGUCACUUCAAACAGGCAAGUCACAACUAAAAAAAAAUUUUUUUAGUUUUUUUUAUUCAAAAAAAUUGUCAAAUGCAAAUUCCAGGUCGAGAUGUUGAUGACAUUGACUAAAAAAUACUUCAAUCGUGAGAUCAAGGAGAAGGUGGCCCCUCUUCUUUAUGAUCAUGGGCCCAUUUACGGGAAGGACCAGAGAUACAUUGCGAUGGAGAUGAUGUGGUACGACUGUGACGCGCCCAGAAGAAUAUGCGAUGCUCGCUACACUGUUCAGUCAACUCUUCGGCUCGCCAUCAAGGUAGGUUCCAAAAUCAUCUAUUUUUGGCCUUCGUGGGAAACACUUAACCCAAAAUUUAAAUUGGGUCAAGUCUUAUCUUCAUAGACCAAUGAGUCAAGUCUUUCCUCAAAAAUCGUAUUAGCGUCAAGUCUCUUCUUCACAAAUUAAAAUUGGUCGUUGAGUCAAGUUUUCCUCUCAUAAAUCAAAGUUGGGCCAAGUCUUUCCCUCUGAACAGAUAUUUUUAUUUUUCAGCAAGUCCGCGCCCUCCAGCGUGCCCAUGAAUGUGGAAUUGUUGUUCGCGACAUAAAACACGACAACUUUUGUUUCUCGCAGCCAAAUCGCGACGAGCCCUCUGACUGGGAUGUGUUUGUGGUCGACUUUGGGAAUGCCAGUUACUUCCAACCCGAGUUCUGCGUGAGUUUUGAGGAGCUGGGAAAGCGAUUUCGAUGCAAUCCCAAGGCGAUUAGGUUCAAUCUGAGAAGUCCACGGGUUCUGUGCUACUCGUACAAUGUGAGUUUAUACCAAAUUUUGCAAGUUUAAUAUCACAUUUUGAUGGACAAUAUAAAAAAAUCCGAAAUUGCGCUAGAUUGUAUCACAUUUAAUGUUUUUUUCAGGCCUACACUCCUUACGAUGACAUGGAACAGUGGCUGUAUUACAUAGCAAAGGCCAAAUGUCCCUACGACGUCCUGUUUGACGGGCUUUUUGAGGAGAAAGACAUGUACAGAAUGGAGCAGUACUUCUCGUCCUACUUCCGCGGUGUGUAUCAUGUGAUGUGUCGGGUGAAGCGAGAGGAGCCAUUCCCGUACGAUGAGGUGGUCAGGGCGUUGGAGGAGAGUCUGACGUAUGUGCAGUCAUGUGAUGGAUCCAAGGAAAAGGGAGAGUUGAUGGUGGUCCAGAAAGAUUAUCAGGUCAAGAGGAUCACCAAGGUGCUGCCGUCUCAUCAGAUGAUUUGGUAG